CCAAUUUGACAAUAAAUUUCACAUAUUGGAAAAAAAAAUAAAGACCCAGAAAGGCAUGGAAAGACUAAAAAAAAAAAAAAAAGAAGAAAUAACAAAAUGAAUUGAAUCUAACAAAAUGGAUUGUAACAAGGAUAAAUAAAAAUUCAUAAAGGUAAAUGCAGAAAAACCACCUGUAUGAAUCCUGGAUAGAGGGGACACAACUUAAAAUUAGGUGUAUGUGUUUUAACUAAGAAUCAGUUGUCAGUGUACGCUAACUUAUUGGGGCAAUUUCCAAAAAAUAAACGUUUUCUUGGAUUGCGUCAAUAGAAGUAUAGCGUCUAGAAUUAGGGAGGUGAUAGUCCUGUUGUGUUAUAGGUGGGUCAAGACUACAAUUAGAAUAAUGCAUUUGGGUCUUAGCUCAUGAGCUGUACAAAAAUGGGGGGGAGGCAGGCUGGAUUUGGCCUACCCAUGCUCCAUAGACUUCUGUUGUGCCAGACAGCCACUUAUUACAUCUAACACGACUCCUAGGUGUGUAAUUUUGGCUAAGUUUGUUAGGACCACAUUUAUACUCACAUCAUAAGGGUGACCAUGAAGAUUAAAUGUGGAAGCACAUGUCACACCCUUGGUACAGUGCCCGACACAUAAUAGCCUGAGAUACCAACUGAAUGGAAGCGGCCCUCGGUGGGUUUCUUUGGUCACAUGAUCUUGGGCAAUCCCUUCGACAUUCUGGGCUUCUGCUCUUCUGCAAAGAAAAGGGAAUAUGGUCAGUUAAGAUGAUUCCGGAAGCCACUUCUCCCUGGUGGCAAGUGCUUGAGCAGAACCCCUGAAGCGGUCUCCCCGGCACUCUCUUUCUGGUCAUGGGUGCCCACUGGCGUCACCGGGAAAGCCAGUGUGUCGGAGUUAGUGACCGCGAGAGCAGCCCUCAAAUGGCGAUGGAUGGGCAGUUGCCCUGGGCGAUGGCUGCCUUGUUAACUCACAUUCAUUGACUUCUUUCCCUUCUCUGUCCCACUUCGCCACUCCCCUGCCAGCGUUUUCUGGGGUCACCUCCUGUGGUAGGCAGAAUAUUGGCUCCUAAGAGAUGUCCAAGAGAUGUCUGUGUCCCGAUCCCAGCACCUUACGUGGAGGAAGGGACUUUACACAUGUGGGUUCAAUGAAGAAUCCCUAGCUGGAGAGAUGAGCCUGGAUUAUCCAGGUGGGCCCAGUGUCGUCACUCAGAGGUGAAAAAGGGAGGCAGCCAGAUUCAGCGAAGGAGGUAUGAUGACAGAAGGGAGAGAUUGGAAAAUGCUCCAGUGCUGCCUUUGAAGAUGGAGGAAGAGGCCACAAACAAGGAAAUGCAGGUGGCUUCUCGAAGCUAGAAAGGCAAGGAAAUGGGUUCCCUUAGAGUCCCUAAGAGGAACCCAGCCCCCGCCAACACGUCGGUUCUAGCCCAGUGUGUCCCAUUUUGCACUUCUGACCUCCAGAACUCAAAGAUAAUCAAGUUUUUUGUUUUGAGCCCCUAAAUUUGUGGUAAUUGAUCACGGCAGCAGCAUGAAACUAAUACCCCUCCUAAAUCAACUAUUUGCGAAUCUUUGCUUCAGCAUCUGCUUCUGGGGGGACCCAAAUUAAGACACUUCCCAGUCUGACAUUGUGUGUUUAUUUCUAUGUCGCUUAAGAUAUCAAUGCUUUUUAAUUGUCCGUAGCAGUUGGUUAUUGUGUACUUCGAUAUGCUUGAUGUUGCUCUAAAGCUAGUCAGAAAGAGGGAAUAAACUCACUUCUUCCCUGUGUAGAGUUUACCAUCGAACCAUGGAAAUAAGCCACAGAUAAUUCUAGCAUGCGCCUUGUGCUAUUCAGUGCUUUUUAUCACUGAGUCACGUAACUGUAAGUAUUUAUUAAUCUUUCACUGUGAACAUUGAUCAGAUCAAUAGGGUGUAUAAAUAUAUGCUAUAGUCUCUGCCAACAAAAAAGGAAAUUCUCAAAUCUAAUUUUUUAAUAAAAUGGCAGUAAUGGCCUAAAAGAGGCCAAACUCAUUUUGUCUCUAAAAUAAAAGGAGAACAAGGAGUUCUAAGUGAAAACAAUGCAGGGAUCCCAUUUUAGGGAAAUCGAAGCACUGCUUUCACCCCCUGGUUCCCAUAAAAAGCACGGAAAGUUUAUUUUGUUCCCAAGGAAAUUCACUGUUGUUUAGCUCCUGAACCAUCAACACAUUUUUAAAAAUUAUAAUUUACUGCCGCAUUUGGCUGCGAAACAUACUGAAAGAAGGUUGAAGUCAGAUUCACAAGAUAUGAGUUCGAAUUCUGGAUCCAUUACUUCAUACAGUCAUGUGACCUCAGGCAAAAAUGUAACCGCUCUGAACUGCAUCUGUUAACCAACCACGGUGAUGUCAGCCUCUAAGGUCGUUUGGCCAAUGGAGGCCAGCACGCGCUCGUGUUCCAAGCCUUUCGCUAUUUUACGGAGUUGGGCAUCUAGAAGAGUAAACCUCUCCAACCUUCUGGGCUCCAAUUCUGGAGUCCCUCUUCCAUUCAUUUCUGCUGGCAGGACUGAAAUCCCCUCCCAGGCUUCCCCCUUUUUUCUGCAGUCCCUCGCUCUAAUUUCAGUCAGGAGUACCCAACAUGUGCUAACAGUUUAAUCCUAAAGGUGUGGGGUCUGCCUUCCGGGUCGUCCCAGGUGAAAACUUCAGCAAGUGUCUGGCUGCAACACAAAGCUAAUUGCUGGAACAGUCUGCAUGUUUCCGUGGCUUAACACAUUAGAACUUAAUUUUUUUUUUUUUUUGGUAGCAUUGGAAUGACAUCAGGGGUUUGAAGGGCACACUUCCGUGUGGGCAUUCAAGGACCCAGGCUUCUCCCGUCUCGUGGCUCCUCCAGGUCCAAUCCGUGUGCUCCGUGGAGUGGGGUGAGAAUGUGGCACGUCCCACGAGCCUGACCUGCAGGGGACACGCAUCACUCCUGCUUGCAUUCUGUUGACCAGGACUCCAUCAUAUGGCCCCGUCCUAGCUGCAAGGGGAAUGUGGACUCCUGGCUUAGCAUAAAUCCUUUGUCGUCAGCUUGCCAUUUCUUCCUCGCUGUGCUUCUCUCAAAAUGUUGCUAAGUGGGUUAAAAAUGCAAAAUAGACGUAAGUUCCUUUUAGAGCAAAAUUGUGCUAUAAACGAAAAGGAUUUUUUUCCCCCGGAAAGCAAGCUUGUUACAUGUUAUGACUGGGUUCUCCUGAAUACGGUUAGGCACCUAAUAAGUUAAUGACUUGAGCCGUCAUCACCAGGUCUUAACAUUGCUCUUAUGGGGGAAUGCCUACCCAGUUCCAAACUACUGGCCUAAAAAUAGGCUCUUGGAACUUAUUUCAUAAGUUAGUGGCUUCCUCUACCAGCUUUGUAGAGUGCGUGUUCAUUUUGAUUCGAUUUCUGCUUGAUCACAGUUUGAUUCCAUGUAUAUUUAGUUUGUGAUUUUAUGCUAAGUUUACAUCUUGUCUUUAUUAGCGAUAAGGUGCAGUUGCCUCUCAGCCUUGACUUCCAGAGUCACUGGUGACACUUGUUGCCUACUCUAUCUAUGUCAGGUACGCUCUAAGUACAUUCUCAUUUUAAUCCUCCUGGUAAUGCUGCAAGGUAUGCAUGAUUACCUCUAUUUGAUUAUUGAGAAAACCAACUUGGAGAGCGUAACUAUGCUACUUUUCUAUUACUUUUGUGGCAAAUUACUACAAACUUAGUGACUGUGUUCUGUACUAGAGGCUCUUGGGGGAGAAUCAACUGUGAGCUCGUUCAGGUUGUUGGCAGAACUCAGUUCUUUGUGGCUGUAGGACUGAGGUCUCUGCUGCCUUGCUGGCUGUAGGCUUGGCCUCUUUCUCAGCUUGGAGAGGUCACCAGCCUUCCUUGGCUCAUGGUCCCUCCAUCUUUAAAGCCACAAAUGCUGUGUCAAAUCCUUCUCAUGGUUGCAAUCUCUCUGACUUCCGCCUUUUUAAAAGUUUUUUUUUCUUUAAUUUUAAUUCCAGUAUAGGUAACAUGCAGUGUUACAUUAGUUUCAGGUAUACAAUAUCAUGGUUCACCAAUUCUAUUCAUUACUCAGUGCUCAUUCUGAGACGUGUACUCUUUAAUUCCUAUCACAUAUUUCACCCAGACUUCUGCCUUUUAAAGGGCACAGCCGGAUAAUCUCCAUAUCCUAAGGUUAGGUGACUUGGGACUUUAAUUACAUCUACAAAAUCCCUUUGUAACAGUACCUCGAUUAGUGUUUGAUUAACCAGAGGAUGGGAAUCUUGUGGGGGCCAUGUUUAGAAUUCUGCCUGCCCCAGUAACUAACGUGACUCAAUUGGCACAGCUAGAGAGUUGGAAAGCAAGCUUUGGAAACCAAAUAUACCCAGCAUUAGUCCCUUUUCUGUCUAUCAGGUUGCCCUUCUUGCAGAAAGGAGUGGUGGGCAAUACCUGAAGAGAAUAUCCAGCCCCAAUUCCUAACCUAGAGACAUAGAAUUUAAAUAAUUCCUACAUUAAAAGUUAUAGAUUUAACAUUUUUUAAAUUGUGCAUCAAAGUAAUACUCUUUUCCAAAUGCCACCACCGGAGAGAUGGUAUGCUUGUGGGCUACCCAGACAGAUCUGGAUAAAUUCUAAGAGCCACCGUUUAUUCAUUCUGAAAUGCCAAGCCUCAGUUUCAGCACUGUAUAGUGGGAUAAUAAUAGUAUCUUACAGUUGCAUCAUGAGAGACUGAAGCAGUGACACUUAUAAAUGUUUUUCAUAAUUCCUGGCACACAGUAAGCACUCAGUUGUUAACCAUCACCUCCGCCAGCAUUAUCCUCAUCAUCGUGUUGUGGUCCUCGCCGGCCAUCAGCCCAGACAACAAGUGCAUAUUAAGUGUAUCAAGUAUUUAUAUCCCGUAUGAUAACAUGUAAGACAAAUCACGUGCAUUUGUCAAACGGGAGGAAAAACUAUUAUGCCCCCGAUCUCAUUGCUGACUUGACUUUGCUUCUGAGAACCUCAGCUGUGGAUUAAUAAGUCUAAGACUUGCUGGUUUUUCCAUCUCUUGGAGACUCAGGAAUAAAAGGGGAGGAUUUUUUCUGUGCCACUCAUGUAACUGAGCGUUUGUCUGCUUGGUUCCGAUUCUGCUGGUCACUUAAAUGGAUAUAAGUUUCAUGUCAUAAUUCACGAGCCCUUGUGUCACUUUCAGGGCCCUCCCCUCAACGUGUCCUCCUCCUUUUCCCUCUUGAUCCAAGACCCAUUAUUGGAAGGUCUCUAACAUAUGUUUCAUUUUACUUUUACUCCAGACUCGAGCUUGCUGUAAACAAGAAAUUUAUUUUUAGUAUUUUUGCCCUGCAUUUUAUUCAGAUCUUUUCUCUUUCUGCAUUUGCACCACAUUCCUAGGCUGCUGUGAAGCCAACUUUUUCAGUGUGAGAAAACGAAAUGUCAUGGAAUGAAGGCUUGGUGGCGACCAACGGAAGUGCCUGUUGAGUCCUCUGUGGGAGGAAGCUGGAGACCCCUGGAUGGUUUAAGCAGAGAUUUGAGCGAAGAAUUAUGAAGGACAGAGGUGGUAGGAGGAACCCCCGGGACUGGUUCUAAGCAGCAUACGCUGAAGAAAAUGUGGGGCUGCCCAGACCUCCGUUAGGAUGGGGGAGUGUGGGUGGGAGAGGCCACCGUGGUGUAGACACUCCUCCGCCCACCGCAGCCUCUAGAAAUCAGCAGUGGAAACGUUCCAUGCUAUGGUAGUGUUGCGGUUGCAGCUGCAGUCCGAGGUUUGGAUUUAAUCACCUUACAUCAGUUCUAUGUAUUAUUCAAACGUAGGGAGAGGAGAGAAAUUUCUAGUGAACAAAACCUUGUGAAAGCCUUCUGGCUCUGCUACCUCCCCCCCUGCAUUUAACCCAGCCCCCUGCGACGUCCUUUACAAGGUGAUGCGCGUCUUUUGCUUUCCGUGUUAGCCUUUUAGGAUUCUCAUCGUCUAAGUCACGGUUUCUCCACCGUGACCCUCGGACAUUUGGGGCCGGGUCAUUCUUUGUUUUCCCUCGGCAUUUGCUCCACACCCGGAGAGCCUUCAGCAGGAAUACCUGAAGCCCUGCUCCUGAGGGCUCUUUUUGGUUUUCCUUCUGAUGAGGGGCAGUGCUAGGGAGUUAACGCCUAUGAAAGGAGCCCUGGGCAAGUGUUGGAUGGGGAGGCACCGGAGAGCUGGGGCAAAUGUGAGGCGUGGUCCACACUGUCUCCCAGCACUCUUCUGAUGGGAUCGGGCCCCAGUGGCCACAGAAGUGACUUGUUUGAUAACGCACCUCUACCGAUGUCUGCCCCUUCGCUGACUCCCCUCCCAAAUAAACCGUAUACAUUCACAUCCUUGUCUCAGGGUCCACUCGUAGGGGAACGCGAGCUGAGACUCCGUGUUCCAAACAUUGCAAUUCGGGAUGUCUGGAGAAACCUUGAGCCAGUUCUCUAAGAUUUGUCCAUGAAACGCCAUUGAUCAGUGUUGUCACCAAGUGCUCUAAGGCCUACAUCCUGGGUGGGCCAGGCCACGCUGGGGAUGGGUGCGCGCUGCUGUGUGUCUGCGCCGAUGUGGACAUUGUUAUUUCUCGUGGGUUUGUUCUGAGUAAAGCUCUUGGAAAUUGUGUUUUCCCACAAGUUCCACAAAUGUUUCCACAUUUUAGAAAUUGUUUGAGCAUGCUCUAAGCUGUGACUUUGAAAGUCAAACAGUUUUGGCUGGUGAUAUUAUUUUUAAAGAAACAAAACAGUCUUGUUUUGUUUUUAAUUCUGGCUUUUGUUAUGCUUUGCAAUCCUUUUCUGCUCUGAGGGCCUUUACUUCCUUUGUUUAGUGCGUGGCUUUGCAGAAGGCUCAUGGAAGUAUUUGGUAGACAUUUUUAUACAGAUGUGAUUACAGUGAAUUUUCCUGGUAAUACUUUACAUUCUAAAGCCCUUAUAACAUAGAAUGUUUCACUUAAUCCUCACCCAAAUCUGGGAUGAUAGGAUUAGCAUCACGCUUUAAUGAAAGAGAAAGCCAAGUUCCAGAAAGUUUAAGUGAGUUUCUGUUUAGCACUUUUAACUAGUCACGAAUUAACGUAAAACUUUCAGCAAUGUGAUCAGUGCUUCUUCAAAGACCGCAAAGAAGGACCACAUGCUCUCCAAGGGGUGUAGAGCUGUAGGAUGUGGGGAAACAUGGGGAGGAGAGGACACAGCCCUCAGCAGCAGCUAGCACGCGGAGAAAAUGAACACGAGUGAGUCAGAGACUAUAGCAGCAUGUCCCCAGGUGCUUUUCUGACCUUCCAGGAAAUCUUCACUAUUGCCGUCAGUCUCCAGCGACCUCUCGGCACCAUGAAAGCUCUGGUCCAUCUUUCCUGCGGCAGCAGCUAGGAGAGCAUGGCACCCCUGUGUCGGUUCACACAAUCUGGUGCAAGUCUUUAUCUUGCUUGUGCUAAGGUUGUGCCUGGCAAGAAGAGGAAGUACACAACUGUUUCAAAUGUCGACGUUGGAUUUUGAGGCGAGGUCCGAAGCAAAUUGGUUCUGUUCCUGCCAAGGACUGGAAUCUUACCUCUGGUACCCAGCCCGGCGUCAGAGUCCCCACUGACAGUUGCCGUCCCUGAGACUGAGCUCAGUCUGAUUUCUUGAGCCUUUGCCUGUUGCCCAGUGUCGGUACCCGGGUUGCUCCUAUGGGAACCCAACCCGAUUACCUCCUCUGGGUCCUUCUACCAACAAUGAACCUGAGUCAUGACUAAGGCAUUCUGCACUAACCAGGAUUUAUUUGGAAAACAGAAAACCUUUAGCUAUUUCGAGAAGAAAGUGAUUUGAUACAAGAGUUGGAGGCUUACUAAGGAACUGGAGAGGCCGGCAGCCACCUUUAUCGAAAUGGGGCGGAUAGUAACAUAAAGAAAGAACCACCGGUGAUCUCAGCUACCUGCCGUGGCCAGAAGCACCUGGCGGCACCUCCCGUCGCUCAUCUGCCAGAGCCCACACACCUGCCUGCCACCACCACGCUGGGCAUUGGCUUCUCUCCUGCCCCGUGAGUGUGUCCUGUUUGUGUGGCCUCACUCUGAACCGCGAUGGCACAAAGCCUGGAGAAGGUAGCUCACACACUUCUAGCCUCAGUGAUACUGGGAACAGCGUAAAAGAAAGAACAUAGUGCUGAGUAGCUUACUGAUAGUACAGGCUAUAUCCUGUCUCUAGAAAUUUUCUGAAGCUGAGUAUUGAGCCUUUAAGUAGGACACUUAAAGAGGACAGUGUUACUCCUCCAAAGUCAAAGAUGCUAAGAAAAACAUUUCUUACCUGGAGCUCUGUAACGGUGGCCUUGCAGAUGCCACUGCCCCGGAAGCUCUGGUGCUGUCCAGCCACCGUCGACCCCACCGUGUUCUUCAACGUCACCGUGCAUGGCAAGCCCUUGGGCCAUGUCUCCUUUGAGCCGGUUGCAGACAAAGUUCCAAAGACAGCAGAAAACUUUCGUGCUCGGAGCACUGGGGAGAAAGGAUUUGGUGAUAAAGGUUCCUGCUUUCGCAGGAUCAUUUGGGAAUUUCUGUGCCAGGACUGUGCCUGCACAUGCCAUAAUGGCACUGGUGGCCAGUCCAUCUACGGGGAGAAAUCUGACGAUGAGAAUUUCAUCCUGAAGCACACGGGUCCUGGCAUCUUGUCCAUGGCACACGCUGGACCCAACACAAAUGCUUCCCAGGUUUUCAUCCCCACUGCCAAGACUGAGUGGUUGGAUGGCAAGCAUGUGGCCUCUGGCAAGGUGAAAGAGGGAAGGAAUAUUGCAGAAGCCAUGGAGGGCUUUGGCUCCAGGAAUGCCAAGGCCAAUAGGAAGACCACUAUUGCUGACCACCACUUGACUUGUGUUUUAUCUUAACUACCAGACCAUUGCUUGUGUAGCUCAUGAAGGCACCCCUUCACCCCCAUCUGCUGGAAAUAUCCUAUAAUCUCUGUGCUCUCGCUGCAGUUCUGUGGGUUCCAUAUUUUCCUAACACUCCCCUCCAAGUCUAGCUGGAUUGUGGAGUUAUGUUUAUGAUAAUGAAAGAAAAACUAAACAGCAACAAUAACACCAACCAAAGAUUCUGUAAUGGUUCUAAUAGUGGAUGUGAAUCAUUUGUAUCAAGUGAUUUGAUACAAGAGUUGGAGGCUUACUAACUAGUCCAAGCAGAACUACCAGGAAAAUUGGGCAACUCUCUGUACCCACACCCUUACUCUGCGCAGUAUAGUUGUACCCUGAGAUUUCCUUAUUUCCUGGUAAAAUAUGUACCACACUUUAGUCAGCUGACUCAGUGUCUGUUCUACUCCUGUAUGCCAAGGUCACAGUCUUGGAUACGUUUUGGGCUAAGUCUGCUCCUCCAGAGAUGAGUCUUGGAAAAAGUCCCCAGGAGGCAGUGGGGACUGGCCAGUGGGUCAUCCCUGAAUACCUGCUCCAUCACAUAGUCGUCCAGGGCAUGGCACUUGGCUGAGUGCUAACACCACUGUGGCUGUUGCUUUUAGUGGCAUAUUAUACUUGUCAUCUGAUUCACAACAUUUGCUUCCAGAAGCUGUGCUUUUGGCCUGGGUACAAGACUAAAAGGCUGAAGCAACCAUGAAAUUGACCUAAUGCUGUUUAAAAAUGUUACUGCUUCUUAGAGUCAUGAAGUCUGAUUUACUCCUCAUAGAAAGCUAAUAAUCAGGUUUCUUUUCAUCGCAAAGUGAAAUAGUCUUUGUAUAUUCAUGAUUAGGUAUUGGGAAGGAAAUUUUACUCUGUUUAGUAGAUUAAUUAAUAGUAAAUAUGAAGCCGUGAUGUAUUUUUUUUUUCCCUCAAGAACAUUUCAUAAAACCAGAACUCAGUAAAGCCAGUUGUUCUUUUGGAUAAGCCAAAUGAAAGGUGUUCUACCUAAGCACCUAGGGACUCUUGAAUUAAUCUAACUGAAAUAUUAACUUCAAUUUUUUUAAGACUUCAAUAACUGAUAGUUCUAAUUUAUUUCUUCUGAGAAAUUUGUGUUGGAAUUCUAAUCGAUAUUAUUCUAAAGAUUAAAAAAAUUCUGGUUGGAAAGUAGAGAUAUAUCUACUAUUAAAACUUUGUUGGGGUUCCUGGGUGGCUUGGUCGGUUAUGCGUCGACUUCGGCCCAGGUCAUGGUCUCACGGUCCGUGAGUUCGAGCCCCGCGUC